AAAAGGGUCAAAUAUGGCUCUUUUGGCUCCUGUGCAAAAUUGACAGGGAGAUUUUGUUAAUGCCUGAAAGAGACUUGCAUGUACCGGGCAUGACGGAGUUUUUUUCCAAAGAAAAAAAAAGCGUUGGAAGAGAUAAAGGAAUUUUCGUUGACUUGAUGAAUCGAUCGAUAGAUCAAGGCCAAUACACGUGAAAAAGAUAUGGUUAAAAGUGAGCAAGAACUGUAGGUCAUCAUGCAAAAGCUGCGUUAUUUUUUCUACUGUCACGAAGUCAUUCGUAACUACAUUACAAAAAUAACUUGAAGCACGGGUUAAAAUGUUUUUGGCUGGAUUUCAAAAUGGCGGAAUCUACAUCAAAUGAGUGCUGCGGUCCCUCAGGCCAAGACGAGGACUUUGUGGAACCAGUUGACGAGGAUUUGCAAUGUCCCAUAUGUCAUUUACCGCUAAAGGAGCCGGUUCUUACGAGAUGUGGCCACAGAUAUUGCAAGGAAUGUCUUGACGAGCACAUUAGAAGGUCGCCACUUCGCCCAAAAGAGUCUUAUAACUUCACUUGUCCGACUGACUGGCAGCAUCUGAACGCAAAAGAGGAUGUUUUCCCUGAUAAAGCAACCGAAAGGAAGAUUCUAUCUUUAGCGAUCAAAUGUCCAAGUGAUGGCUGUAAAUGGACUGGGGAACUAAGGAACAAGGAGGUACACUUGGGUAAUUGUCCUUUUCAUCGAUUGCCGUGUAACAACAGUAAAUGUCAAGAAAGAGUCCAAAGAAGACAUAUUAAACAACAUGAAAACGAGGAGUGUCCCUGGAGAAUCCUCAAUUGUUCAUACUGCUCUGAUCCGUAUCCAGAGUGUGAAAUGCAGGACCAUAUUAAAGAAUGCAAGAAGUUUCCAAUGACUUGUCCAAAUAGCUGUGGUAGUUCGAUCCCACGGGAUGAGGUUUCGACUCACACUAAAGAUGAAUGUCCGAGGACAAUCCUUCCCUGUCCAUUUGCAAGGGUUGGUUGUACACAAAAGUCGGACAGUCCCGGUUCAGGGGCGGAUCCUGGAUUUUUCCGUGAAGAGAGUGUAUUGCUUACGCCGAACAUAACUGAUGUUAGGGACCUUAAGCACCAGGACACGAGAUGUCUAGUGUUCGUACCUUCUGAGCCUUGUACGAGUCGAUCUUCAACUCCUUCUUCGAGUCAUCCAAAGACUUCAAAACAAUCAAAUGCUAUGCAUUGGACUGAAGAGCAUGGUACCCUAUUGUGCAGAGAAUGAUGAUGAGGGGAUGUUUAAUGCUUCUUGAAGCAUGAAAAGAUCGUUCUUUUCGACUCUGAAAUCUGCUUUGCACGUUGUAGGAUCGAUGGAGUUCAAAUCAAACUUGUUGUAAUCUUCGUAGCCAAAAGAUGGAUUUUUCGAGGUACUUUCUUCGUAUAACAGCACAAAUUCUUUUUCAUCAAUAACUCCGCUAUCGAACGCUAAAAGUAGCGCUUCUCGAGUUGCUUUAAAAGAGCACAUCUAAAAAAGUUUUUUUGAAGCUCGCGUCGUGUUUGGUGUCAAAGCUAAAGGACAAAAAGGUACCUAACACGACCACGUCCUAGUUCCAGGACUCUCCCGAUCAUCACGUCCGCGCUGUGGGUCUCGCGUCUUGGUGCUUAAGGUCCCUGUUAUGUUACUGAAGACGCGAACUGAACGAUGUCGAUUCAUUGCUAAAAACGUGACGUUUUGGUUAGGAUAAACUCUUCCAUCAAAUCUCAUGUUUCACUUCAAUACCAGAAAACCACAUCCUUUUUGUGUACAGAAUACUAGUUAUAUUAGAAGGCCGCAGGUCAGGGUAAGACGGAUGGGCCCAUUUUACCCUCUUGCAGCCAAUCAGCUUGCUUACUUUUCACGCUUUCGGAGCUGCUCAUGCAAUAAAUGACCUUUCCCUUCAUAGUUUCGUGGCGCUAAAAGAGAAUCCGACUGGUUUGAAUAACAGGCCAUGUGUUCUGAUACCGUUUUUAAAAAACAACUCUAUCCCAUGUUGAGCGCUCAAAAUAAUUUAUCAUCCGUUAAAGCUAUUUGUUAACAAGAAGUGCAUUUUCCUGUAGGUCCAGCGU